CCCUUAAACCCUAAUUUCAUCUUCCUCCGCCCAUUCUCCUCCGUCCCCCGCCCGCUAACUUCUCCGCGCGAGGAAAAUAAAUUGAAAAAUCUACAGUCACCGUCGUAAGCAUUUGGCGGAACAGCAAAUAUGAGCUUGAUUUCUCAAAAUGCCGUACCUAAGGAGCUCAAAAAGAAGAAGAGGGAUUCGAAGAAAGACGAAAUUGCCCCUGUUGGAGAAGGGCAGGAAGAGGCUGAAGAUGGUGGCGCGGUUGUUGAUUUGGAAGAUGUAAAGAAUCAGAAGAGAAAGAGAGUGCGGAAGGAGAAAGACGAGCAAAUGGAAAUUGAACGGGAGAAGGAAAUGAAGAGGCUGGAGAAUUCCUUAUUCGGCUCCUUGUACGCACCACUCGAGUUCGGCAAGGUCGACGAAGAGGAAUCUAGGGAUAAGGUGGACAACACCGCUGCACUGUUCUUCACCGACAGGUCAGCAAAUAGCGCGGUCUCCGUGUAUGAAGAGGAUGUGGAUAUGGGAGGUGAAAGUGACGAACUUGAGGCGGACAAUCAGAGGAAGCCCGUGUGGGUUGACGAAGAAGAGGAGAAAGCUACCAUAAACAUAGCUAAAGUCAAUAGAUUGCGGAAGCUGAGGAAGGAGGAGGACGAAAGCGUAAUUUCCGGCUCUGCGUACGUUUCAAGAUUAAGAGCUCAGCAUAUCAAGAUGAAUCCAGGCACCGACUGGGCCCGCCCCGAUGCCCAUUCGAGAGAUUAUAACAGCUCUGAUGAAGAUUCAGACAAAGAAAGUGAAGUGGUUGUAGCCACUGGCUUUCAAGAUGCUGAAGACAUCCUCAGAACGAACGAAGACCUUGUCUUGAAAAGGAGUGCGAAAUUAUUACCCGGGCAUCUUGAGUUUUCGAGGCUCGGUGAUGCUAAUUUGAAGGACCCUAGCAAUGCUCCGGUUAACUCUGUCCAGUUCCAUAAGAACGCGCAGUUGCUGCUCGUCGGUGGGUUGGAUAGAACUUUGAGAUUCUUUCAAGUUGACGGCAAAAAGAACGAAAAGAUUCAGAGCAUAUUCCUCGAGGACUGCCCGAUUCGAAAGGCUGCUUUUUUACCCGAUGGUUCGCAGGCUAUCGUAACAGGAAGGAGGAAGUUCGCUUACAGCUUUGACUUGGUCAAAGCACAGGUGGAUAGAAUAGGGCCACUUGCUGGGAGGGAUGAGAAGAGCUUGGAAUCUUUUGAAGUUAGUCCCGAUUCUAAAACUAUUGCGUUUCUUGGCAACGAAGGGCAUAUUUUAUUGGUUUCGACAAAGACAAAGGAAUUGAUCGGAACGCUUAAAAUGAAUGGAAGUGUUAGAUCGGUAGCGUUUACGAACGACGGGCAGCAAUUGUUGAGCUCUGGUGGAGAUGGGAAGAUUUACCAUUGGGAUUUAAGGACAAGGUCUUGCUUCCACAUAGGCACCGAUGAAGGUUGUCUGAACGGUACGGCUCUUUGCACUUCCCCUGUCGGGAAUUUAUUUGCUGCUGGUUCGGACAGUGGGAUCGUGAACAUUUACAACAGGGACGAAUUCUUGGGUGGGAAGAAGAAGCCGAUCAAGGCGGUUGAGAACUUGACUACGAAAGUGGAUUUUGUGAAAUUUAACCACGAUGCGCAGAUUUUGGCCGUGAGUUCUCGCAUGAAAAAGAAUAGCUUGAAGCUGAUUCAUGUUCCGUCUUUCACCGUUUUCUCGAACUGGCCGCCGUCUAAUCAGGCGUUGCAUUAUCCGAGCUGUAUGGAUUUCAGCCCUAACGGAGGUUUUAUGGCGAUGGGGAAUGCUGCCGGGAAAGUGUUGUUGUACAAACUGCAUCACUACCAUCAUGCCUAGUAAGUGUCUUGAGCCAUUACCCGUGUGUUAUCUCUUACGUUGGGCGGCAAAUUUUGGUGACGGAAUAAUCAUAGUUGUUGUUUACAAUUGGUUUUUUGGUCUAUGAGGAUUAAGGUUUAUUUAUUAUAUAUGUAUUUUUGAUGUUGAUUCUAUUCACAUGAAUUUGGUUUGCGGAGAAAUGGUUUUCGGUUUUGUUGAUUUAUAAUGUUCGAGUGAAGAAACAAAGAAACAUUAGUUAUUUUAUACCAAGUGUUGUUUCCGUC